AUGUUCAAGCUUCGUUCCCAGUCCAUUCGCUCUCUUUUUAUUCAUUUCUUGGCAUCCGUCAUUGCACUUGUUUCCCGUUUCGUUGCAUCCAAGGUCUCAAAUAUGCACUUCACCACAAUUGUGCUCCUCGUUGGAGCGCCAACUUUGUCCUUUGCCCAGGUCGUUGGCAAGGCCUACGGCUUCGCUGCAGGCGUCACUGGCGGCGGGUCCGCUACGCCUGCUGUCCCCAAGGACAUUGCCCAGCUCAAGUCAUGGCUCGGGGAUGAUACCCCCCGCGUGAUUCGCAUUGACAAGACCUUCAACUUCAUCGGCUCCGAGGGAAGCGUCACCGAGAUGGGCUGCCGCAACAAGAAUGUCUGCACGUUCCUCAACGGCGGCCAGGACUGGAUCAAGCCCGACUGCGACAGCGAGCAGACCCCUGUUCAGGUCACGUACGACAAGGCUGGCACGGUGGGCAUCAUCGUCGGCAGCAACAAGUCGAUUGUUGGUGUUGGGAACAAGGGCGUCCUGCACGGCAAGGGUCUGCGUCUGAAGCAGGGGGCCUCGAAUGUCAUCAUCCAGAACCUCCACAUUGAUAACCUGAACCCCCAGCACAUUUGGGGUGGCGAUGGCAUCAGCCUUGAGGGUCAGAACAACGGUGUCUGGAUCGACCACAACAAGUUCACACGCGUUGGUCGCCAGAUCUUCGAUGCCAACACGGCCACUCUCUCGAACAACGAGUUCGACGGCAAGACCAGCUACUCCCGUACCUGCAACAACAAGCACUACUGGACCAUCAUGAUGGUCGGCAAGCUCGACAAGAUCACCUUCGACAAGAACUACCUCCACGACGUCUCGGGUCGCGCCCCCAAGAUUGGCUCCGAGUCCGGCACCCAGAUCAUCCAGGCCGUCAACAACUAUUACAACUACAACACCGGACACGCCUUUGACAUCUCGUUUGCUGGCGCCCGCGUCCUCAUCGAGGGCAAUCGCCUCGAGAACCAGCCGCAGCCCAUGACCCCGGCCAGCAGCACCGGCAAAGUCUACAACGUUCCCGACGACGCGUCACGCACCAACUGCGCAUCCUACCUCGGCCGCAACUGCGAGAUCAACGCCAUCACCGCGUCGGGCGCUAUCACGGCACGCAAGGACAACAGUGUGCUGACCGAGCUUGGUAAGUACAAGGCCAACCUUGUGCAGCCUCUGCGUUACGGUGACGUCAAGGGUCACGUCCUUGCGAACUACGGUGUUGGUCGCAUUGGAAACUAG